UGAUUCUCUCUCAGCUUCUGGAAGAAGAGCAAAGCUGUAUUUUGUGUAGAAAACAAGAGCUUGGUGUUUCCAACUGCCUCUUGUCUCCCUGGUUGUCCAGGCUCUUACUAAGAUAGCUGCUAUGCACCCAUCCCAGCUGUGAGGGCAGGCCUGCAGAGCUGCAGCACCCAAUUCCCAUCCCAGCACGAUGCCGGUGCACUACGUGACGUACAAAGGCAUUAAAUUCCCUCCAGCCUACAACUCCGUGCACAGCUUGAGUUUUGCCCACAACGAGUUCCUGGUGCGGGACGACGAUGUCUUCAACAUCACCUACCCUAAAUCUGGCACCGUGUGGAUGACUGAGAUCCUGAGCCUCAUUCGCAGCCAAGGCCACCCCAGCUGGAACCAAACUGUCCUCAAUUCUGACCGCAUGCCUUGGUUCUCAACCCGCCUGGGUCUGGAGGCAGCCCUCAGCUACCCCUCACCUCGCCUGCUGACCUGCCACCUCCCCAGGCACAUCUUCCCCAAGUCUUUCUCCCAUUCCACUGCCAAGGUUAUCUACACCCUACGGGAUCCUCGAGACGUUGUUGUCUCCUACUUCUACUUCUGCCAGAUGUGCAACAGCUAUGAGGACCCUCAUCGGCUUACUGCCGUCUGUCUCCCAUCAGUGCCCCAUGGCUCCUGGUUUGAACAUGUCCGAGGCUGGAUGGAGAUGAAGGACAGGGAGAAUUUCUUCUUCAUCACCUACGAAGAGCUGAAACAGGACCUGCAAGGCAGUGUGAGACGCCUCUGCCAUUUUCUGGGACAGAACUUGGAUGACGAUGCUAUCUCCUCAGUAGUCCAAAACGCCUCCUUCACGGCCAUGAGGCAAAACCCUAUGUGCAGCUCCAUCUUGCUCCCUGCAGACAUCAUGGACCAGACCAAAGGCCAGUUCCUGAGGAAGGGCAUCUGUGGGGACUGGAAGAACCAUUUCACUGUGGCACAGUGUGAGACCUUCAACAGAAUCUACCAGGAGAAGAUGAGGGGUUUGGACGUGGCCUUUCCUUGGGACAGAGACCAGGAUCCAGACCUAACUGAGACCAUCUGAGUAAUGAGUAUCUGCCAUCUAUUGACAACAGGGGUAAUGGGUUGCUGUUGGACACAGGGAGUCGGAUCCAGGAGUACAAAUGGCUGCAACAUGUUGGGGUACAGUUUGCUGCCAAGCCAACUGUGUGUUUUAUCAUGGGUAUUUAACAGCUCAGCCUUGUCAGUGAAUGGGAGAAAUGUGCUGCAGAACAGGAACUACCUAGAGAUCAUAGCCAAGUGCAUCACAGUCAGACUUGUAAAGACUUUUUAAUGUCAAACACUAAAGAAGGACUUAGGGAUAUCAAAGAAGGGGAAGACCUUUUGUGCAUUUUGGCUCAGACACGGUUCUGUGAUGUGUGUAUCUCCAAGCCCUCACAGAGCAUACAGGGAAAUCCAGCUCUUUGUAAGUGCCAAAAUACAGCUUGUAAAAUACCCACAGCUUUACUUCCUGGACAUGCAGCCAGAGUUGCUUGGGCAUGACUCCAGCCUUUUGCAGACACCACCUGGUCUAUCCAGCCAUAGAAACUUAUCCUAUGGACAGUGAGCAGUGCCUUCCAUAUUGGUCGGACUGGCAUGUUCAUGUUGUGCAAUGUCAUAGCUAGAAGAUGACCUGACUUAAGGAAAGACUACUAACGCUGUUGUAGACUAACUUGCCUUUAUGGUGCACCCAUUCAGGCCAAUCACGUUCUACUUAAUGAUCAUCCAUGUGGGAGCUUAGAAAUAAAGGACAUGUGGCACAGCAUUAGACAGUGCCUACAAAAUCAUGGUCAAAAUUGUUUUGUCUUACAUAAAGUACAGUUCAAUUACCUAGUUCAUGGGCUGAUUGCCUUAUUUAUAUGUUUGCAUUCGAGCUAUGUGUGAUGCAUUCUAUACUAAGCAUGAUAUUACUCUUCCACCAGCCUGCUAACCCACUCAAACUGUGGGUUUGGGCCACUGCCUUAGCUGGACUUUGUAGAAACUGAAACUUGCGGGGCAACAGGCCAUGUUUGUAUCCCAAUAAAGAUGACUUAAGCGCUG